UUCCAUUGUUUCCCUCUUAUGAGUGUUCGUCGCGCCCACAGUCCUCGUAAUGUCGUUUGUCCGUCGAAACAUGUCCCGAAUAGCAGCGAUCCGUUCGAAUCCUGGAGCUACUACUGCUACUGGUGGCCGCGCUUCCUUGAAUGGAUCGCGUAUUUCGACAACUUCCGAUUCCGGACGGCACCAGCGGUUGGAAGAACAGCAGACGCUGUUUGGAUCGACGAGCGGUGAUAUAGAGACUGUUGGCUUUGAGCGGAUCGGAACGACUCAUGCUUCAUGGAUUCAGCUGAUAUUUUCCAUGGUCCUUACCAUGACAGGAUUCAUCUUUGCUUAUCACGGUUGCUACAGUGGGAAUGAAUGUCCAGGUUACUACAUGUUGCUGUAUCUGAGGGCCCUAUUUUGGGUGGCCACCUAUGUCAUUCAUCUCUACAUGAAAAACAAACAUAACCGAUUGAAACUCUUGGGAUAUCACAAAUUUCUCCGGAUAACCCAUCGGCAGAAGAAGGCUCCUCUACAACUGGUAUCGCUGUCGAAUCUGCUCAUUCUAACAAUCCAUACAGCGGUUCUGGAGUUUUACGGGACCAACUUCAUCAACGAUUGCUACGUAAAAGGUCUUUCGUUGACCUUGUUUCUCAGUAUUUGGUGUCUCGUAGAAUGUAUGAUUUUGACGUACAUUCACAUCACGUACUUUGUCAAGGUACGCGUCUUCAACACCAUGCGGAGUCCACCGGAUGCCCUGACCAAUUCUUCGGCCGAAAUACGCCGCAAUGCUCAUCAUAGAGUCUCGGCAGAGGAACUCAUCAAUCAACAGUUUCUGAUGAUCGUCAAGAUGAUGGAUGAUAACCGCCAUCUGCAGGACAAAAUCCGUGAAGUUCGUGCUGCAGCCCAUUUGAUCAACAGUGAAUCGACGCAUCUCUCGCUGGCUGAACAGUCCUUGUUAGGUUUCUGAAUGGUUGUCUGUUUCCAAUUGAAAGUUGUGAUUCUUUUUGUUCUAAUUGCAAAUAAAACUCAGUGUAUCUUCUA